UCUACUCUCUCUCCCUCUCCGGAGCUCAUUCAUGCCAACGCCUGCAGCUGUCUCUUUCUGUUGCUUCCGUCCCUGCAACGUACCGCCUGCCUGCUUGCCUGCUUGGCCGCCUUCCACUUCCACGCAACAAGCACACGGAAACUGACUUUCACUCACACGGGCUUGGUGCGUCAGCGCAAGGUCGAAAGUGCGUAACUUUAUGAAGGUAGACACCUGACUCUUUUUUUUUUUAACCUCCCAAGUGGGAAAAGGAAUGUGGGCUUCAAGUGGAUCAGAGCGUAAAAGGUCAAGCCUCUGCCCGUGACGGACACAAUGACCUCUGACCUCAACUUGACCUCCCUGCUGAACGUGAGCGAACUGCACAACCACUCGAGAGGAUGCUCCCUCACCAAGACGGGCUUCCAGUUCUACUACCUGCCCACCGUCUACAUCAUGGUGUUCAUCACGGGCCUGGUGGGCAACAGUCUGGCCAUCUGGAUGUUUGUGUGCCACAUGAGGCCGUGGAGCAGCAUCUCCGUCUACAUGUUCAACCUGGCGCUGGCCGACUUCUGCUACGUCCUCUCCCUGCCCUUCCUCAUCUUCUACUACUUCAACAAAACCGAUUGGAUAUUCGGAGACGUCCUGUGCCGACUGCAGCGCUUCAUCUUCCACGUCAAUCUCUACGGGAGCAUUCUGUUCCUCACCUGCAUCAGCAUGCACCGCUACACCGGGGUGGUGCACCCGCUCAAGUCUCUGGGCCGACUCAAGAAGAAGAACGCGGUCAUUACCAGCGCGCUGGUGUGGGCUGUGGUGAUCCUGGCCAUCUCGCCCAUUCUUUAUUACUCGCGCACCGGCUUGAAGCGUAACGCCACCACUUGCUACGACACCACCACAGAGGACGAGCUGCCUGGUUAUUUCAUCUACAGCAUGACUCUCACGGUCUUUGGCUUCUGCAUCCCGUUCAUCAUCAUCUUCUGCUGCUACGGCAUGAUCGUCAAAGCCUUAAUCUGCAACGACAUGAACAACGCUCCGCUGCGGCAGAAGUCCAUCCACUUGGUCAUCAUCGUGCUCGCCGUCUUCGCCGUCUCCUACCUUCCCUUCCACGUCAUGAAGAAUCUCAACAUGCGGGCCAGGCUGUACUUCCAGAGCCCCGCCAUGUGCGAUUUCAACAACAGAGUCUACGCCACCUACCAGGUGACCCGCGGCCUAGCGAGCCUCAACAGCUGCGUGGAUCCUAUUCUCUACUUCCUGGCCGGGGAUACCUUCAGGAGGAAGCUGUCACGGGCCACCAAAAAAACGUCCAAGAAGGGCGAUCACGCGCUGCAGUCGAAAAGCGAGGAGACGGCGCUGAACAGCCUGGCGGAGUAUGUGGAGAAUGGAGAGCGGCGGAUGUGAGCUGCUUUUAUUAUCUCAAAGCGACAGUGUUGGAUAAUAGAAGCACUGUGUGGACCUGACGGCCUUGAACAGUAGGAUGAAUGCUCCGUUUUAACCUUGCCAUGAAUGUCUGUACAGAUAAGCUCUUGUACUGUGUUGCUGUGGACACGUGUUGGUCGCAACAUUAGGUACACCUGCAAGCUACACACCGUUGUGUCAUUUUUAAUCCAAUGUUACAUCAAUGCAGUCGCCCCAUGCCGCAUUACAGUUAUAAAAAAAAAUAUUAAUUAUUCCAAAAAAUAUGCAAACUUAAGCAAAUUUCAUUUUUUUGCCCAAAUGAAGUGGCUAAAUUAACUAAAAUACAAAUAUAAGGCAUCCGGACAAUGUAUUCAAAAAUGUAGUAUUCUAUACUGGUCACUAGGUGUCAGUAAUGUUACUGUAACAUUGGGUGAGACACACAACAGACGAUAAUCUCACAACAGGCACCGUGAUAAUAACAUAAUAAAAAAAAAUAAUAGUAAUAAUAAUAACAUAAUAAAUAAUAACAUAAUAACAUGGAAUCAUAAUAACAGGCUAAAACUCAACUGUGAACCUUUUGACAUCACUUCCUUCUCUCCACACGGACAUAUUUCAUGAAUGAAUCCUCCUGUUAUGUGGUUGAAUACGUCCUAUUUUUAGUUACACACAUUUUAGUAUAUUUUACCUUUUUUGCAUAAAUGAAGCAUUUUCAAGCAUAAAAAUGUCUAAAUGAACUAAAAUACAAAUAUUUGGCUUUCAAGAGACAAUUCAAAUUGUGAAUGUAGUAUUGUAAAUUGGUCACCAGGUGUCAGUAAUUGUCUGGUGAGACAAGCUUCAGACUUUAGCACCGGAUCAACAGGCUUUUAUUGCAGGUUUUGAUGAUGAAAAUACACAAUAAUGAUAAUAAUAAUAGUAAUAGUUGCAGCCAUAACCCAUGACAACUGUGAACGCUCGACAUCACUUCCUGUCCGCCCACAACUCAGCUCCCCUAGGAAAGGACCGGGCAGUGUAGUUUAGUUCCAAAAAGUUUCCAUGUGACUGCUCAUUGCCCCAUUGUAGAACACACGUAGUGUACGCGUCAAUAUCCACGGUACCGAUCACAAAGGUGUGCGGUCUGGAUAUAGCGAUCCUGUGCAGGUGUUCGUUACACGUAGUUGCUCUGGUUGCAGUCGGUCAUGUGUCACCCCAGAGUCUUGAAAGCGUCUCCAGAGGCGGGUAAUGGUAGUGGAAACGACACCCAUCCGGGUGUCUGGCUAUCACAUCUUGGUGCAUUCUGGCCAUCGGCAAGCCAAUUGCCUGGUCUCGGUGCCACGAAUCAGGUCACAAAAGCUGACUAGUCAGUCCCUUUUGAGAAUAUCACCAAACUCCAGUGAUUUUAAGGAGUCGUCCCAGCAGGGAGACGUGUGAUAUCAACAAUUCUUUACGAUGGGGCAAUGAGGCGUUAUAUCUUUGCACUCAAAACAUACAAACUACAAAUCAAACUUCAUGGCCUUUAUGCGUUUUUAAUCUGAAAAUAAGGUCCUGUUUAUUUCCAGAUAUUUAUUUCCACAUAUUUUUUUCUCAAUAUGUAGUCUUUUUAUCUUACACCAUGUAACCUUUUGUUACAUUUAAGAUGGAUUUCAGAAUCUGUCAACUAGUUUUUUUUACUGGUAUGAGGUAUUAGGUUGGGGUGGCCGUGGCUCCUCAGGUAGUUGGUUGCUGGUUGGAUCUUCGCUCCUUCUGCCCCGUCAAAACCAGCUCCAAAUUGUAACGCUCUGCCUACCAUUGGACCAAGCUGGGAAGGGUCAUAGUCUCACUUUUUAGCAGUUCUAAUAAAGUAUACUUAAAAUGUGUUUUUUUUAAUUCUCCAAAUAGGUGGCACACCGAUCAAGUGGUUAGCGUACAGACCUAACAGCUAGGAGACCAGGGUUCAAUUCCACCCUCGGCCAUCUCUGUGUGGAGUUUGCAUGUUCUCCCCGUGCAUGCGUGGGUUUUCUCCGGGUACUCCGGUUUCCUCCCACAUUCCAAAAACAUGCUAGGUUAAUUGGCAAAUCCAAAUUGUCCAUAGGUAUGAAUGUGAGUGUGAAUGGUUGUUUGUCUACUAUAUGUGCCCUGUGAUUGGCUGACGACCAGUCCAGGGUGUACCCCGCCUCUCGCCCGAAGACAGCUGGGAUAGGCUCCAGCACCCCCCGCGACCCUCAUGAGGAAAAGGGGUAGAAAAUGAAUGAAUGAAUUCCUCAAAUAUUAGGAUUUCUUACCAAGUAAAAUUUACUUAUAGCAUGGACGAAUAAUUUCCCUAGUUUUAAAUAGUUUUUCCAAAAAUCUUGUCUUUUUAUUUUAUAUUUGGCAAACCAUUUUUAGCAGUGUAGCGAAGCCUGUCUAGACCUGCAAAAGCCACCGUUUGAAUGCCUCUUCUCUCAAAAGCGGAACAAUGAAGAUACAAUCGAUUUUUAGCCCCUUCUGGUCGUCAUAAAGAGAUCUAGGGACACAUUUUAUUUUGCCAUAGGGGCUCUUUAACGAUAUGUUGACUAGUGUGGCUGUCAUAUGCUGGGGCGUAAUAUAACAAAACGGUCAUACAAUGCAAAGUCAUGUUAUACCACCGCAAACUACAACCACAAUAAUUCAAAAGUGAAUCAUGUAAUUUCUUCCCCAUACAACUCAUGCAGGUGUACCUAAUAUUGUGAGCGCUACGAACUGAGCAAAGGUGCAAAAGGUUUGUCCCUAUCUCGUCAAUGUACAGGAGGAUCAAAAGAGAUUAAAAAGAUUGGAAAGGCGCCCUCUGGAAGCCACGGAGCAGACGGUUCAUCAAUAGCUGUUUAGCAACUGAGAGUGAGUGGCUUAGAGAGUGCUGCUGACUGUAACGACUUUAUCCACUCACCGGCCACAUCAUUAGGUACACAUCAUUCAGCCUAAUACAAGAACGAUAAAAGCAGAGGUGUUUCUGCACAUGAACAACAUUUUACAAUAAGACCUGAGUAUGAUUUUUUUUUUAUAGUUCUUGUAUUCAAUUAGUGUACCUAAACAAAUGGCCAGUGAGUGAAACGUGAAUGCACUGACAUGGAGUUUGCCGCCAUCCUAAUGCACUAUACAAGCAGGGAGACCCGUGACUCCCUCCUUAUUCUCUUCCUCCUCUUAUUCCGUCUCCUCGCCUCCUCCUGGCAUGAGGUUGAGGUCAUACGGCUAUGUCGCCACAAUGGUGUUAAAAAAAAAAAAACCAAGAAAACAUGUUACAUGUUACCAACAGUAUUCUGUGUAUACGGUGCCGCAGUGAAUGUUCUUUUUCAUAUACUGUAAAUGUCGUGAUGUAUGAGUUUAGUUUGUGUCGUGUCUAGUAUCAAAUACUGUCACUAAAAAAUAUUGACUGCAAGAU